AUGGGUGAGCAACUAUCAGCCUCCACAGAUAACAGGAAUCCAGCUUCGGACAUAGCUCCCAAAAGGACACUUUCAGCGAAAGGGAGGUUGGUUCUCCAAACCGGCGCCUCCACCACAAUCGCCGCACCCGCGUCUUGGGGUGGCCAUUUCUGGGGCAGAACACUCUGCUCCGAAGACUCCACCGGCAAAUUCUCCUGUGUCACCGGCGACUGCGGCUCCGACAAGCUCAAGUGCUCCGGAAACGGCGCUGCGCCGCCUGCCACCCUCGCCGAGUUCACCCUCGACGGAGCCGGAGGCCUCAACUUCUUCGACGUGAGUUUAGUCGACGGCUACAACGUGCCGAUGCUGGUGGUGCCGCAGGGUGGCUCUGGCGAGAAGUGCACCGCGACGGGGUGCAUGGAAGAUCUGAACGACGCGUGUCCUUCGGAGCUUAAAGUGAUGGGAAUGGAUGGGAGAGAGGGUGUGGUGGUGGGCAAGAGCACCUGCGAGGCGUUCAACUCGCCGCAGUAUUGCUGCAGCGGCGCGUACGGCACGCCCGACACGUGCAAGCCAUCGGCUUACUCAGCGAUAUUCAAGAGUGUGACACCCUCU